AUGGACUCCACCGCUAAUCAAUCGGCUCCCACUGUCACACUAGAAUCAUCCGUGCCAGUUACGGAAGGUAUCAAUAUUGCAAAACGAUAUCACGACCGUUCGGAUAAUUUGUACUUCCUGUUCAUUCCGUUGGCCGUUCUGGUGACCGUCAUGUUACUAUCCGUGGUGGUUUACUUAAUGGCAAGACGUCGCCAUAAGAUACGGUCCAAGUACAGCUACGUUCCUAGCUUUAGUUUCGAUUCGUCCGAUCUGGACGAUGAGCGAGAAGAACGCGAAACGGAUCACCUACUCAAAGGCGGGAAACUUCGUCUGGACGAAGCUCCAUUUGAAGAUACUUCCGGUGUGAAUCCGUUCGCUACAGCACGAUCCGCAGGUAGUCGCGAGUUGUUUGCUUAA